AUGGCAUAUCAAUCAUUUUAUCAAUCAGUUAUGGUACCAGCACUUAAUAGUAACACUACACGUCAAGUAAAUUUGGUUCCAUGUAACAGCACUGCUUAUUGUCAAGAUGGAAAUACCUGUUGUAAAUUACCUAGCGGUGAAUGGGGAUGUUGUCCUUAUGAAAACGCAGUUUGUUGUUCUAACCAUCUACACUGUUGUCCUGAAUCUACCACUUGUGAUGUUUCUCAAGGCAAAUGUUUAUCAAAGGAUCAGAACACAGAAUUGGUUUUAAGAAAGAUAACGGUUCCAGUCCAAAAGGUAAAUUUGGUUCAAUGCAACAGCACUGCUUAUUGCCAAGAUGGACAUACCUGUUGUAAAUUACUUAGCGGUCAAUGGGGAUGUUGUCCUUAUGAAAACGCAGUUUGUUGCUCUGAUGGUAGUCACUGUUGUCCUGAAUUUGACACUUGUGAUGUUUCUCAAGGCAAAUGUUUAUCCAAGGAUCAGAACACAGAAUUGGUUUUAAGAAAGAUAACGGUUCCAGUCGAAAAGGUAAAUUUGGUUCAAUGCAACAGCACUGCUUAUUGCCAAGAUGGAAAUACCUGUUGUAAAUUACUUAGCGGUCAAUGGGGAUGUUGUCCUUUUGAAAACGCAGUCUGUUGCUCUGAUGGUAUUCACUGUUGUGAGAGUGGGUACGUCUGCAAACAGGGGCUAUGUUAUAAAGAUUCAAAUGUUCGUCCAAUGUUGAAAAAAGUACCAGCACUUAAUAGUAAUACUACUCGCCAGGUCAACUCUGUGAUUUGUGAUGCGGGUUCUGCCGAAUGUCCUGAUGGCUCAACUUGUUGUAAAUUACUUAGCGGUGAAUGGGGAUGUUGUCCUUAUGAAAACGCAGUUUGUUGUUCUGACCAUCUACACUGUUGUCCUGAAUCUACCACUUGUGAUGUUUCUAAGGGCAAAUGUUUAUCAAAGGAUCAGAACACAGAAUUGGUUUUAAGAAAGAUAACCUUUGCACUCCAAAAGAGCAGCCAGAUCAAAUGUGUUGAUUCUCAUUGCUCUUCUUACGAAACAUGCUGUCAACUAUCAAAGAAUGAAUGGAGCUGCUGUCCAAUAACAAAUGCUGUUUGUUGUCCAAGAAGUAGAACAUGUUGUCCUGAAGGUUACAGAUGCAACCAUAGAACUCUAUCUUGCUCUCCAGUAAAGGGAAGUGUAUUUAUCACCAAAAAUAUACCUGCAGUAUUAACUGUAUCAAAGGUAAAUGAGGUAGAAUGCCCUGGAGGUGAAUAUUCUUGCAAAGAUGGAGAAACGUGCUGCUCACUGGGGAAUGAAAAGGGAUGGGGUUGCUGUCCAUUAAAAGACGCAGUAUGCUGCUCAGAUCAUGAACACUGUUGUCCUAAAGGGUUGAUGUGUCAUGGGAGUAAAUGCAUAAAAUCACCUGGUGUUAUGCAGCUGUUUAAGAAGCAACAUGCAAUUAAGGCAAAGAAACCAUUGCAGAUCUGAUGAUAUCUUGAUUUAUGAAAUUACCAGAAAUUUUGAAUGACGUACGACUCAUAUACAAAUAUUUAGUUAUAAAAUUUAGUUAUAAAAAUGAUUUUUUGCAAAAUUAGCACUAUGCCCUUUAAAGCUGUUAUUGCUUUUCCCAUGGUAUCUCUUUACUACUUAAUUAAAAUAUAAUUAAAUCAUUAAUUUGUUUUGAA